AUGCCGACGGCUACGAAAUCGGCACUUUCGUGGAUACCUCCGUCAUCAAGAUGGAAAAAGGCCGCACUGACGAGUUUGUGGACAUGUACGCGGCUACUGGUGAAGGUCUCAACGUUGCAGGUGGUUUCAAAAUCCAAGGAUUUGGAGCUUUGA